CUGCUGCAGGUGUCCCGUGCUCUGUUCCUGUUCCAGCUCUUCCCCCCAAGCAGCUCCUUAGGAAAAUGGCUCGCUACAACUUCGCAGUCGCCAUCCUUGUGCUCCUGGCCAUUUCCGCCCGUUGGGGAUCCUCCGGAGCCAUGGCCUUGCCGGAUGAGGAGCGCUAUGUGCGCAAGGAGUACAACCGGGAUCUGCUCGACUGGCUCAACAAUGUGGGCCAAUUCAGUCCCGGCCAGGUUGCCACUCUAUGCCGCUAUCCCCUAAUCCUGGAGAACUCCCUGGGUCCGGCUGUGCCCAUCCGGAAGCGCAACUCGGAGCUCAUCAACUCGCUCUUGAGUCUGCCCAAGAACAUGAACGAUGCCGGAAAGUAAGUCGGGCUAUAAUCUGGAUAUGUUGACGGAAUCGGAAGCCCGCACCAUUGCAACCACGGAACCUGGACAAGAACCUAUCAUUUAGUGUUACAUUUUAUUUAUUUUGGUGCGUCGAAGGAAAGGGAAAAUCCGCAGAAAAGAGCUGGUGUAGUCUAAUAGAGAGCAAAGACCGUAUGAAUUUUGUUGCUUUAAAAAAUAUAUAGAAAAAUAUACAAAUAGCAAAUCUUA